CGCAUCACCCUGCCCGUGCUCUCCAGAUACCAGGUCUGGCUCAUCCCCUGGAGGGAUUACGGGCUCCACGACUGGAUGUCGGAGGAGUACAGGCACAUCGAGGGGAAAUACGUCCGGCUCACGGGCUACCCCUGCUCCUGGACCUUCUACCACCACCUCCGGCAGGAGAUCCGCCAGGAAUUCUCCUUCCACGACCACAUCAGGGAGGAGGCCAACCAGUACCUGGCUGGGCUGCGUGGGCAGCGCCGGAACGUGACCUACGUGGGCAUCCAUGUCCGGAGGGGGGACUAUGUACAUGUGAUGCCCAACGUCUGGAAAGGGGUGGUGGCGGACAAGGCCUACCUGGACAAGGCCAUGGGCUACUUCCGGGCCAAGUACCAGGAGCCGGUCUUCGUGGUGACCAGCAACGGGAUGGACUGGUGCCGGGAGAACAUUGACGCCUCGCGGGGGGACGUGUAUUUCUCGGGGGACGGGAAGGAGUCGUCGCCGGGGAGGGAUUUCGCUCUCUUGGCCCAUUGCAACCACACGAUCAUGACCAUCGGGACCUUCGGCAUCUGGGUUGGCUACCUGGUUGGGGGGGAAACUAUUUACUUGUCCAACUACACCCUCCCCGAUUCCCCCUUCCUCCGCCUCUUCAAGCCGGAAGCCGCCUUCCUGCCCGAGUGGAUCGGGAUCGAUGCCGACCUCUCCCCGCUGCUGAAUGGAAAACAAAGGCAGAACCCACAGGCCACCAGCAGAAUACACUGGAACAGUUGUUCGGUGCCCAGCUAG